AUGAAUUAAGUCACUAAAAUUUUCUUAAUUGUCUUGGCCUUAACUGGAGGAGCUUUGUUGGUAAACCUCCUCUGGCCUAAGUACCAUAAAGAAGCUUGGCUCGAAACCAUGGACUACUACAAAUAUUUUGGAUAUCCUGCAGAAAACCAUUAUGUCACUACUUCUGAUGGAUACAUUCUUUAGAUAUUCAGAAUUCAAGCCAAAAAUACAUAAAUCAAGCAAACUGGCUUACCUGUUGUCUUCUUAUAGCAUGGUCUUCUUGAUAACUCAGAUACUUUCUUCAUCAACAGCGAAGAUAAGGCACCUGCUUUCAUUUUAGCUAAUGCUGGUUAUGAUGUUUGGAUGGGUAACAAUAGAGGAAACCGCCACUCAAGAAAUCACACUACUUACAACCCUGAUACUGAUAAGGAGUAGUUCUGGGCCUUUACUUACGAUGAUUUCGCUGAAAAGGAUUUAGCUAGCAUGCUCACUUAUGUAACUGAUGCCACUGGAUAGGCUUAGCUUGAUUAUAUUGGUCACUCAUAGGGUACUACCUAGAUGUUUGCUGCUUUAAGUGAAGGAAUUCCAGAAGUAGUUUCUAGAGUUAGAAAAUUCCUUGCUUUUGGUCCAGUCACAUACAUAAACCACGGAAAACCUAACCUACCCGAAUCAUUUUUACGUUUAGCCAACGUUACUGAGUUAGUUGAAUUAUACAAUUUUGCAAACUUGAUCGACCCUGCCCACAGAGCUGAGAAGAUGUAUGAAUGGCUUAAGAACCACACAAUAUACGAAAUUAUGCCUUUCAAUAAGGUCAUUAGAGAUUUAGGUAUUGAAUUUUGUGGUAAAUUCCCUUUACCUUGUGGUAAGCUUGUUGGUGCAAUUACAAGCAAUGAUUAUAGAAUUGACAACUAUGAUAGAUAUGAUGUUUUAGCAGGUCAUGAUCCUGCUGGUACUUCUUUCAGAAAUGUAGCUCACUGGAUGCAAUUAAAAUUAUCAGGAAAAUUCUAAAAGUUUGAUUUUGGUCAUAAGGAAAACAAAAAGAGAUAUGGAGUUGAUUAUCCUCCUAUUUAUGAUUUAAGCAAAAUUUAAAAAGAAGUCUAUAUGUUUGUUGGAAAUAAUGAUAUUUUAGCUGAUGUAACUGAUGCUAACUAAACUCGUAGUGAAUUAACAGGAGCCAAGAGAGUUUGGUGGAAGUAAUACACUGCUGGUCACUGCUCUUUUAUGUGGUCUAAGGAUAUGUCCCAUAUGGAGGAUGUAUUAUAAAUUCUUAGUAACCAGAUCUGA